AUGUCCAAGAUGUCAAGCGAUGAGGCUUUAGCAUUAGAGGAAGUACACCACCCAUUGUUGGAAGACUACUGCGCAGAUGGAGAAGAAAAAGAAUAUUUUGUUAGAAGGGUUUGGAAUGAAUCCAAGAAACUAUGGAAUAUAUCUGGCCCUGCAAUUUUUAAUCGUGUGGCCACUUUUUCUAUGUUUGUGAUCACUCAGGCUUUUGCUGGUCACCUAGGCGACCUUGAGUUAGCUGCCACUUCCAUUGCUAUUAAUGUUAUUUUGGGGCUCGACUUUGGCAUAUUGUUGGGGAUGUCAAGUGCCUUAGACACACUAUGCGGGCAAGCUUUUGGAGCCAAGAAGUACUACAUGUUGGGCAUUUACAUGCAACGUUCAUGGGUGGUUCUUUCAAUCACUGGGGUUAUGUUUUUGCCUUUGUUCCUCUUUGUGACACCUAUCUUGAAGUUCUUUGGACAGACUUCAGAAAUAGCUGAGCUAGCUGGAGUGAUUUCGUUGUGGUUGAUACCUACCCACUUGGCUUAUAUAUUUUAUUUACCUAUGCAUUUUUUCUUGCAAAGCCAACUAAAAAAUAAUGUCAUUACUUGGGUGUCUCUAUUGGGUUUAUUGGUGCAUGCAUAUCUUUGUUGGUUGGUUGUCAACAAGUUUCAUCUUGGAGUGAUUGCCCUUGUUGCCUUUGGAAACAUUGCUUGGUGGCUUUUGGUGCUAGGUUAUUUUGGUUAUGUUAUUUGUGGUGGUUGCACCUUAACAUGGACUGGUUUUUCCAUCGAAGCAUUCUCUGGUGUUUGGGAGUUCUCCAAACUCUCUACUGCUUCCGGGAUCAUGAUUUGCUUAGAGGUUUGGUAUGAUAAAGCACUUAUGUUGAUGACUGGGAACCUACAAAGCGCAAAGACUACUAUCGAGGCUUUAACCAUAUGUUUGACCAUAAAUAUAUGGGAGUUGAUGUUUCCUCUAUCGUUCUAUGCUGCAACUGCAGUAAGGGUAGCAAACGAACUUGGAGCUGGCAAUGGAAAAGGGGCCAAGUUUGCUUCCAUGGUGUCAGUGGUGACAUCAAUUAUAAUAAGCAUUUUCUUUUGGUUGUUGAUUAUGGUAUUUCGGAGAAAGCUUGCGUAUUUAUUUUCUUCGAGUGAAGUUGUGAUUAAAGAGGUAGACAAGCUUUCACCUUUCUUAGGCGUCACAAUUCUACUCAACAGUGUUCAGCCAGUUCUAUCAGGGGUAGCUGUGGGAUCUGGGUGGCAGAAAUAUGUGGCAUUCAUAAACUUGGGUUCCUAUUAUCUUAUUGGAUUGCCACUUGGGUAUUUGUUAGGCUUCGUCUUUCGUUUGGGAGUCCAGGGAGUUUGGGCCGGGUUAAUUUUUGGUGGACCGGCUAUUCAGACUUUGAUCCUUGCUUGGGUUACCUCUCGAUGUAACUGGGACAAACAGGCUGAAAGAGCAAGGUUACAUUUGACUAAAUGGGACCCAAAUCAAGAACUGAUCAGGUAGCAGUUUCUUUCACUUGCAAUUGAAAGAAGAAGAAUGAGUGGGGCUUUGUUGGGGCAUGUGGUGUUCUAAUUUGAUCUUCAAAUCGAUUGAACUAGAGAGCUUAUGAUCAUCCUCAAUUCGCCUUGUUUAUCAGUA